CUUGACGCGUCGACGGUCGAUCGCGCGCGCUUGUUUGAGAAAACGCCGCUCAAAAUUUGAAUUUCGAACUGCGAACUCAAUUUUGACGAUUCCAAAUUUAAAAAAUGGAAUGUUCCAAAUUAAUUGGUGAUUUUUAAUGGUAAAUUGAAAUUGUUACUGGUAAUAUCGACAUUUGGACAAUUCAACUAUUGUCUGGCAGUGUAAAUAAUAGUUAACGAUCACGUGAUACAUUUUCCUGUGAUUUAGAUUUGUGAUAGUAACUACACUAAUUGGUGGUGGAUUGAUUAAUGAACGCUAAUGCCGUUGUGAUUACAGUGGAUGAAUAAAUGAUAUUUUUCAGUGCAUAACAGUGAUCGGUUUAUUGUUAUAAAUAAAUAGUUGACUUGGAUUUACAAGUAAGUGGCAGGUACAAGGUGAAGAUGAACAGCAGCAGUGAAUCUUUAUAAUGUAAACAUUACAGACUCAGUGGCAAGUGACAAGUGCAGUGAGAGUGCUAGUGUUGUAAUCUCAAUGUGAGCGAGCGAUGGCGCGGGCGGUCCCGAGGCGCGGCGCCGUGUGGGCCUGGCUCGCAGUCCUCGCAGCCUUAGGCCACUCCACGGCGUAUACUGAAACCGACGAUUUCCUCAGCGAUUUGGAUAAACCAGUACCGACAUCCGAUGUUCAAGGAGUACUGGGGAAGAAGGCCUCGCUACCGUGUGAUAUACAGCCUCUCAACGCUGAAGAUGACGUCGUAAUGGUUCUAUGGUUUAAAGACUUAGACGGAGAACCGCUAUACAGCUACGACAUCCGAGGUCGCUCAAUGACACAGCCAAAACUGUGGUCUUCUCCACUGGUCUUCGGAAGCAGAGCAUUUUUCCGAGGUGGAGCGACUCCAGCGGUCUUAAUGGUAGAUAAUGUAGUUGCCAUGGACGCUGGGGUAUAUAGAUGCAGGGUAGACUUCAAGAAUUCACCAACGAGGAAUUUGAGAGUCAAUUUUACUGUAAUUAUUCCGCCAAGCCGUCCUACGAUAUACGAUUCAUUGAGAAGAGACAGAACGAAAUUAGUCGAGCCUUACAACGAAGGUUCUAAUGUGAUGCUCAGCUGCGAAGUUGAAGGAGGAAAACCAAGACCUCGUGUAACGUGGUAUCUGGAAAACACAGUCAUCGAUGACUCAUACGAACAGCGGCCCGAUGGCAUCACUGUGAACACACUGACCUUUCCCAACGUUGGCAGGCAGCAUUUCAACGCAAGACUGAUUUGUCAAGCUUCCAAUACGAAUUUAGCACCUCCAGAAACCAAAGUUCUCAUAUUAGAUAUAAAUCUAAAACCGAUAACUGUAUCAAUACUGUCAAAGGAGAAACAGGUAUCAGCCGACAAGCGUUACGAAGUGGAAUGCAAGACGACUGGAUCCCGACCAGAGGCGUAUGUUACAUGGUGGAAGAACAACCGGCAGUUAAAACGGAUGGCGAAAAACUUCUCUGAAAAUAACGAAACACUGAGCGUACUGAGCCUCGUUCCGAGCGUGGAGGACGACGGGAAAUAUCUGACGUGCAGAGCUGAGAAUAAACACAUUCCGGACUCGGCUAUCGAGGAUAAAUGGAGGCUUAAUGUGCACUAUGUACCAGUAGUAGAUCUAAAAAUGGGCUCAAAUCUGAAUCCGGACGAAAUAAAGGAAGGCGACGAUGUUUAUUUUGAAUGUACAGUGAAGGCAAACCCCAAGACUCAUCGAUUAGUGUGGUUCCAUGACAAUUCAGAAAUCUUCCACAACGAGGGUGCUGGUGUUAUUCUCAGUGCUCAGAGCUUAGUACUACAAAGUGUGACGAGGGCAGCAGCUGGCGAUUAUACCUGCAUGGCAGCUAACAGUGAAGGAAAAGGCACGAGUAACCCUGUCACAUUGCUUGUUAGAUAUGCUCCCAUAUGUGCGGAAAGAAGAGAUGGAGAGUUAUUCGGUGCACUCAAGCAUGAGACUGUAUCACUCCAUUGUUCAGUUGAUGCCAACCCCGCACUCGUCUCUUUCCAUUGGACGUUUAACAAUUCUGGAGAACAAACAGAAAUUCCACCAAAGUUAUAUACGAGUCAUGGGCAUACGUCUACCCUCAACUACACACCAACGACAGACAUGGAGUAUGGAACGUUGGCGUGCUACGGUGCCAACACUGUUGGACAACAGAAAGUCCCAUGUCUGUUCCAACUAGUCGCUGCUGGUCGCCCGUUCCAUCUGCAGAAUUGCACAGUUGCAAAUCAAAGUAUUGACUCAUUGUACGUGGAGUGUGUUGAAAAUUUCGAUGGCGGUCUACCCCAGACAUUUCUAAUGGAGUUGCUUGAAUUACCUUCUCUGACUGUCCGUUACAACGUUUCCACAAACAGGACUCCACCGUACUUCGAGAUUCGAGGCCUUCCACCCGGUGUUAGUUACCGUAUUGAUCUCUAUGCAGUCAACGCUAAAGGGCGAAGCGACGUGUCUACUAUAGAAACUGUAACGCUUAAAGGACAGGCCAAGUUUACUGGAGAGAGUAACACCCUGGGCAUGUCACCGGUGCUCGCAUCAAUAGCGGCAAUGUCAGCACUGCUCGCCACCGCUGUGUGUGGUGUACUCGCCGUGUUGUACAAGCGACAUACGAACAGACACAGGCAUUUGCCAGCAAAACAUGCACCUCUGAGUGAGGCAGUGUAUGUGGAGAGAACGGGCAGCUGUCCAACGCCAGUAAAACAAGAAGUGGAAUCCAGAUCAAGCAGUACGGAACCUCGGGAGAGAGUUGGCGCUAGAGGCGCAUUAUUGCAUGCGCCUGACCCAAGAGAUGCUGAUGAUGCCGAUCCCGAUAUUAUCCCAUGUUUGUAUGAACGGAGGCCUGUAUCGAACGGGUACAUGAGUCUCCAACGUCCACCGUCCACUGGUAAAAUAACGAAGCUGAGCGGAGACGAUGUACGCUCAGAGCCGGACGGGGGCGCGUAUUAUACGGACUUUAGGAAGAAGGAUUAUAGAAUACCGUUAACUAGUUCAUAUCAUAGUUUAGGACGCGCCAACAAAGGUGUGAACGCGUGUAGCCCUAGCUCCGCCACUGGAGUCACGUCAUCCCUCACCGCCCACCGACUACGACCCGAGGUCGUGACGACCUCGCACCGUGUCCAGGAGAGUUGUAUAUAAAACAAUUUUGUACAAAUAUUAUUAAGUAUUGACUGUGUUCCUUUAAUAGUGUAAACCUUUUGUAAAGUCUUUUAAAUUGUAAAUUGCAAAUAGUUUGGGGGAGAACAGAGAGGUACUGAGAUUCUCGUGUCAGAAUAUAUUAAACCUUAUGGUCCUAUAACUAGAGUAUAUUUCACAUUUU